AUGGCGGAGAUUGUGAUUCUACUAGCCAUUAAAAAGAUUGGCACUGCCUUGGCAAAUGGAGUAGCAGACCAGGCAAGCACACAAUUUGCGAAGUAUGGGACACAACUACUAGAGCUACAAGCCAGCAUGGAUCGUCUUGUGAGGGAGCUUAGUGUAAUGCAUGAUGUUCUCUGUCAAAUGGACAUACGAAACCUCAACAACGCAGUCUAUGAGAGCUGGCUGGAGGGGGUACGGAAGGUAGCAUAUAAUACGGAGGACAUGGUGGAUGAGUACUUGUAUCUAGUUGGUCAGGAGAAUGAUAUAGGGUGUUGCUUUUACCUGAAGAAAGGGUUCCGAAAACCAAGAUCUCUACUUUCUUUGAACCGGAUAGCUAUCAAGGUGAAGCAGAUAGAGGAAGACCUUACACACCUGUCAGAGACAAAAAACCGUUGGGUUCCCGUGAACAAUGGGGAUACUAGUAGCUCAGACUACAUUGUUAAGAGGUCCCAAGAUCUAGCGAACAUUUCACGUUCCCUUGAUGAAGAUCUAGUGGGGGUCGAUGAGAACAGUGAAACACUUCAGAAGUGGUUGGCAGGUGAUCACUUGGAACGCUCUGUGAUAGCGCUGCUUGGAAUGGGAGGGCUUGGUAAAACAGCUUUAGCUGCAAAUGUCUACAGGAAGGAGAGGGAGAAAUUCCAAUGCCAUGCGUGGGUCUCCAUCUCUCAAACUUAUUCUAGAGAAGCUGUCUUGAGGAAUAUAAUCAAGGAACUUUCAAGAGGUAAAGUCAGUGUUCUAUCUAACACUACGGACAUGGACAUCCCACGUCUUGAAGAGACAAUUAAGACAUUUCUGGAACAACAAAAGUAUUUGAUCAUUCUGGAUGAUGUUUGGACUCCUGAAGCAUUUAAUGAUUUGUCUAGCGUGCUUAUUCAUAAUGAUAUGGGUAGUCGACUGGUAAUCACAACAAGGGAAAGCCGUGUUGCUGCACUUGCCUCUCAAGGACAUAUCUUAACACUGCCAGCUUUACCUGAAGACAAGGCAUGGGAUCUCUUCUGUAAGAAAGCCUUUCCAAGAGAUACAAGUCAUGAAUGUCCUACGGAGUUGAAGCAUUUGUCUGAGGAAAUAGUUAGCAAGUGCAAAGGCUUGCCUCUUGUUAUUGUGUUAGUUGGUAGCCUCUUGCGUGUGCGUGAGAAAAGUGUGGAAGAAUGGAGAAGAAUAAAUGCCCAAUUGAGUUGGGAGCUAAUUAAUAAUUCAAGUCUCAGUGAUAUAAGGAAUGUUUUGCAUCUGAGCUUCAUAUACCUUCCAACACGCUUGAAAUGUUGUUUCUUAUACUGCAGCUUAUUUUCGGAAGACUAUCUUUUCAAAAGGAAACAACUUGUACGGUUAUUGGUAGCCGAGGGGUUCAUCGAGGAGAGGGGUGAAAGCACACUAGAAGAUGUGGCAGAAGGCUAUCUGAAGGAGUUGAUUGACAGAAACAUGCUACAACUUGUUACAAGGAACCACUUCGGUAGGAUGAAGGAAUUCAGAAUGCAUGAUAUCUUACGUGAAUUGGCAGUUGAUUUGUGCCAGAAGAACUGUUUUGGUGUUGCAUAUGAGAAUAAAUGUGGACGGUCUCAUCAGAAGGAUGGACGUCGAUUAGUACUGCACAAACAAAAAGAUGAUAUUCAACAACCAGUUUCCAAUAUGCACCACCUUCGAACUAUCAUUACGCUCGGUGAUAGCAAGUCAUCAUUCACUCUGCUACCUCUUCUGUGUAAUGAGUCAAGAUAUAUGACAGUGCUAGAAUUAAGUGGUCUGCCCAUUGAGAAGAUUCCAGAUGCUAUUGGGGAUCUUUUUAAUCUCCGCCAUUUGGGUUUGCGGGGUUCAAAGGUGAAGAUGCUCCCGAAGACAAUUGAGAAUCUUUCAAAUCUGUUGACACUCGACCUUUAUGAAUCUGACAUACAAGAGUUGCCUAGUGGGAUUGUGAAACUGAAGAAGCUUAGGCACCUAUUUGCUCAGAAAACAAUUGAUUCAGACUGGAGAGAGCUUGCAAGUUGCAGUGGUGUGCGUAUCCCCAAUGGACUUGGAAAUAUAAUAAACCUUCAGACGCUACAAGCAUUGGAAUUACAGGAUGAGUCUGUUAGACAUUUAGGGGAGCUGAGGCAAGUGAGAAGCUUGAGGUUAUUGAAUGUGAAAGGAAUCUACUGUAGAAGUAUCAGUGAGUCUCUAGUUAAGAUGCAGUAUUUGUCCUACCUAGAAGUGAAUGCAAGUAAUGAGAAUGAGGUUCUCUUGUUGAAUGUCCUUCUGCCAAGCCUGCAAAGGCUAUGUUUGAGAGGACGACUAGCAGAAGGGGCGUUGGACGAGUCUCCUCUAUUCCAAGCUGUAGAGGGACAGAACUUGUAUGUAUUGUAUCUAUCUUGGUCACAGCUGAGAGAAGACCCCCUACCAUCCCUUUCUCGGUUGUCAAACUUGACGUAUCUACACUUCACCAGAGCAUACAAUGGAGAGCAGCUGGCAUUUCUCACGGGGUGGUUUCCCAAGCUGAAGGUUCUCUCUCUAGGAGACUUGCUUAGUCUGAGUCGGCUAGAGAUACAGCAAGGUGCCAUGGCGAGCCUGGAGGAACUAUACUUAGUCAACCUCGGCAGCAUGACGGAGGUGCCGGCUGGCAUUGAGUUCCUCACAUCCAUCAAGUAUCUAGGCUUUCACGAGAUCAGCAGAGACUUCUUGACAUCCCUGCGCCAGUGUUCUACAAUCCAAGGGAUACUGUCACGGGCGAAGUAUUCCCUCCGAGAUUGA